GCAUAAAUAAGAUUAAAACAUCUUCCAGAUAUAGUUCCAGAUAUAGGAUGUUUUAUCUUACAUUCUUACUUAAAUAGGUAGGACUAAACAUUAUAUUUUUACUUUUAAUAUUAUUAAUUAAUAAAACAUGGACUUCCUUUAUAAGAUCACACUAGAGUGAGGAACUCUAGCGGCCGUCUCCCCUCUUUGUAGGGGUUGAGAUUUUCGGCCGCCCCUAUCAAUAUGGGGUUGGAGCGGCAUAUUAUACUUAUUCUAAGUAUUCUAACACUUGUGAUUGCAACUACGUCGGAGGAGAUAUCGUUGGCGGAUGAACGAGGUGCGGCUAGGAGGUUGUAUCGAAGCUGGAUCGGCCAUUCCGACGGUGGUGGAGUUGGUAUUCACCCAUAUUGCAAGAGUUCGUCCUUCUCCGGAACCACCUCUAUGCCAGAAAGAACUUUGUGAAAAGAUUUUAGUUCAAUAUUAUUUUCUCUUUAGUAGCAAUUGUUUCUGUUUUAGUCUGAGUAGUUUUGGUUUGAAUGUUCGGAUUCUUGGAGUUCUUUUGAUAGACAGAGUUCUGGUUCCGAUCGUUUUUAGGCCUAAAUUUGCCCUUUUCAGGUUAAGCGAGUCAUGUUGUUUUGUAUGAGGUGACUGACUCUAAAUCUACUUCUAGAGUACACGAUUGGAUCUGUAAAUUCUGUCAGAAGGUUCUCUUAUAUGUGUUCUCUAUUUUAUAUUUUUUAAGGAGAAGGCCUAAUUAAUUUAUGAAUUUAAAUUACGUUACUCCUACUCUGCAAUGCUAAAAAAUACCACUUUCCUUCUA